GUCAGAUAUACCUAAGCUAAGAAGAAAGUCCCAAGCUGUAAAGCUGUCAGAGCAGCGUGGAGACAGGUGAUUCAGAUUCUUGGGACUUUUUCUUUUGAUUUGUUUGUCAUCAUGCAGUUAACCCAGGUGUUGAGGGAAAGCUGAGAGGAUGAAGACUCUAAAUCCCCAGUGGAAGCAUGAUAUGGCGAAGCAGAGCUGGUACUGAAUUGUCCUCUCUGAUGGCUCUAUGGGAGUGGAUAGUACUGAGUCUUCAUUGCUGGGUUUUAGCGGUUGCUGCUGUCUCUGACCAGCAUGCCACAAGCCCCUUCGACUGGCUCCUCUCUGAUAAGGGACCCUUCCAUCGCUCACAGGAGUACACAGAUUUUGUGGACAGAAGCCGACAGGGAUUUAGCACAAGAUACAAGAUAUACAGGGAGUUUGGCCGUUGGAAGGUAAAUAACCUUGCAGUUGAGAGAAGAAAUUUCCUUGGUUCUCCUCUGCCUCUUGCCCCUGAAUUCUUCCGUAACAUAAGGCUUUUGGGACGGCGACCUACUCUUCAGCAAAUUACAGAAAACCUUAUCAAGAAAUAUGGGACUCAUUUCUUGCUAUCUGCUACUCUGGGAGGAGAGGAAUCACUCACAAUUUUCGUCGACAAGCGGAAGCUGAGCAAAAGAUCUGAAGGAAGUGAUACAAGCACCAAUAGUUCAUCUGUCACCCUGGAGACCCUACAUCAGUUGGCUGCUUCCUAUUUUAUUGACAGGGAUAGCACUCUGCGCAGACUUCACCAUAUCCAAAUUGCUUCCACUGCCAUCAAGGUGACAGAAACACGGACUGGUCCUCUUGGCUGCAGUAACUAUGACAAUCUAGAUUCUGUCAGCUCUGUUCUGGUUCAGAGUCCUGAGAACAAAAUUCAGUUGCAAGGGCUUCAAGUUCUCCUUCCCGACUAUCUUCAGGAACGUUUUGUGCAGGCAGCCUUGAGCUACAUUGCUUGUAAUUCAGAGGGGGAGUUUAUGUGCAAGGAUAAUGACUGCUGGUGUCACUGUGGUCCAAAGUUCCCAGAAUGCAACUGCCCCUCCAUGGACAUACAAGCCAUGGAAGAGAAUCUUCUUCGAAUAACAGAAACAUGGAAAGCCUACAACAGUGACUUUGAAGAUUCAGAUGAAUUCAAGUUCUUCAUGAAAAGACUACCCAUGAAUUAUUUCCUGAACACAUCAACAAUCAUGCACUUGUGGACAAUGGAUUCUAAUUUUCAGCGCCGCUAUGAACAACUGGAGAACAGCAUGAAACAGCUUUUCCUAAAGGCACAUAGAAUUGUCCACAAGCUCUUUAGCCUUAGCAAACGGUGCCACAAACAGCCCCUCAUCAGCCUGCCGAGACAGAGAACCUCAACCUACUGGCUCACUCGCAUCCAAUCUUUUCUCUACUGCAAUGAGAAUGGCCUCCUGGGCAGCUUCUCUGAGGAGACGCACUCCUGCACCUGUCCCAAUGACCAGGUAGUGUGCACAUCUUUUUUGCCCUGCACUGUGGGCGAUGCCUCCGCCUGCCUGACUUGUGCACCUGACAACCGUACCCGCUGUGGCACCUGCAACACUGGCUACAUGCUGAGCCAGGGACUCUGCAAGCCUGAAGUCGCUGAGUCAACAGAUCACUACAUUGGCUUUGAGACUGACCUGCAAGACCUGGAGAUGAAAUACCUGUUGCAGAAAACUGACCGACGAAUAGAAGUCCAUGCCAUCUUUAUCAGCAACGAUAUGCGCCUCAAUAGCUGGUUUGAUCCUUCCUGGCGAAAGCGAAUGCUCCUGACCUUGAAAAGUAACAAGUACAAGUCCAGUCUGGUACACAUGAUCCUGGGUCUCUCUUUACAGAUUUGCUUAACAAAAAACAGCACGUUAGAGCCAGUGCUGGCUGUUUACAUCAAUCCCUUCGGGGGCAGCCAUUCAGAGAGCUGGUUUAUGCCAGUGAGUGAGAGCAGCUUUCCAGACUGGGAGCGGACUAAGCUGGACCUCCCACUACAGUGUUAUAACUGGACACUGACUCUGGGAAACAAAUGGAAGACAUUUUUUGAGACAGUACACAUCUACCUGAGGAGUCGUAUUAAGGCAAAUGGUCCCAACAGCAACGAGAGUAUUUACUAUGAGCCUUUGGAGUUUAUUGACCCAUCCCGGAACCUGGGCUACAUGAAAAUCAAUAACAUCCAAGUGUUUGGCUACAGCAUGCACUUUGACCCUGAAGCUAUCCGAGACCUGAUUUUGCAGCUCGACUACCCCUACACUCAGGGAUCCCAGGACUCGGCACUUUUACAGCUAUUAGAGAUAAGAGACCGUGUAAAUAAACUCUCCCCACCUGGUCAGCGCCGUCUAGAUCUUUUCUCUUGCUUGCUUCGUCAUAGACUCAAGCUGUCUACUAGUGAGGUGGUGAGAAUUCAAUCUGCUCUGCAGGCAUUCAAUGCCAAAUUACCAAACACAGUGGAUUAUGACACAACCAAAUUAUGUAGUUAACCGUAAAUGUCAAGCACAACCCAAAACCUUGAAGGAGUUUUUACAGUGCUUUUGUGGAACAGUUUAUGUUUGGAAAAGUAAAUUUAAAUUGUCUUUUCAAUAUCUGUCUUAUAUCAGUCAAUAACGUUGGAUGGCAAUUUACACUCAUGAACUUGCUGACAAUGAAUAUAUUAUACUACAGUUUUGGUUUAUGAAUGAAAUAAAUACUGACACCAGUCUAGAAGACAUUCUACUUUUUACAAUAAAUUUCAUUUGUAAUUUUA